UGCGUUUACCUUGAGAUCGGCGAGAGGACGGCGGUGUUUCAGCGGCGGGCAAACACUGGAUUUCGAUGUGUCGUGGUUUCGCUGGAUCAAAGGCGAAUUUUUAUUAAGAGUCAAUUCAGGGCAGCUACGUGCAAUCACAUAAAAUGGAUCACCCUCCGAUAUCUUGAAUGUCCAGACCGUUUGUGUUUUUUAAAAAUAUAUGGCUUGCGCUCUUUCACGACAGGGUCCGCUCGCCCCUCGAAGUGCUCGGGGAUUCUGGGGACGCUGCGCACUUAAGCGGCGACGGAGAUGCCAUCAAGGUGUUUGUGCGGGUUCGGCCGCUGACGCAGGGCACUGGCCUGUCGACAGAUGGAGAUCCCAGUUUGUGCCUGACGGUCACCUCGCCAAACACCAUCCGCCUGCAUUCAAAACCUGAGCCAAGGGUGUUUACGUACGACCAUGUGGCUGAUAUGGAUGUUUCACAGGAGGCAGUCUUCUCCAGUGUUGGAAAGAAUAUAGUGGAGUCCUGUGUAAAUGGCUACAAUGGCACCAUAUUUGCAUAUGGACAAACCGGUUCUGGAAAAACAUUUACAAUGCUGGGUCCUGCAGAGUCUGACAACUUCACACACGACAUGCGGGGAGUCAUUCCUCGGAGCUUUGAGUACCUGUUUUUCCUCAUCAACAGAGAGGCUGAAAAAUCCAGGAACGGGAAGAGUUUUCUGUGCAAGUGCUCCUUCAUCGAAAUUUACAACGAGCAGAUAUUUGACCUCCUGGACAGUGCCUCAGCGAGCCUCUUCCUGCGCGAGAACAUAAAGAAGGGCGUAUUUGUUGAUGGAGCGGUUGAGAAGAUUAUUACCUCUGCCGGGGAAGCUUAUCAGGUGCUGUCGACGGGAUGGAGGAAUCGCCGGGUGGCCUCGACCUCCAUGAACAGGGAGUCUUCCCGAUCCCACGCCGUUUUCACCGUCACUCUCGAGUCCAAGGAGACAGUCAACGAGAUCGUGAACAUCAGAAGCAGUCAGCUCAACCUGGUGGACUUGGCUGGGUCCGAGAGGCAGAAGGACACUCAUGCAGAAGGGACUAGACUGAAGGAGGCCGGGAGCAUCAACCGGUCCCUCAGCUGCCUGGGCCACGUCAUCAUGGCGCUCGUGGACGUCUCCAACGGGAAGAGCCGGCACAUCUGCUACAGGGACUCCAAGCUGACAUUCCUGCUGCGGGACUCUCUUGGAGGAAACGCAAGGACCUUCAUUAUUGCCAAUGUGCACCCUGGUUCUAAGUGCUUUGGGGAGACCCUGUCCACUUUGCACUUUGCCCAGAGAGCCAAGCUGAUUAAGAACAAGGCGGUGAUCAACGAGGACACGCAGGGGAACGUGAGGCAGCUGCAGGCCGAGGUGAAGAAGCUGAAGGAGCAGCUGGCCCAGGCCUUGGCCGCCCAGACCCCCGCUGGGGCUCGCGGAGGCCCUGACCACGAGGGGCACAGCGUCCCUGCAGAUCCUGUUGAAAACGGUGUUUCGGAAAAUGAGCACAAACACAGAUUUUUAGAAGCCAUGCUUCUGUGGGAGAAAAGUGAAAGUGAAAAAAAGAACCUGCUUCAGAAAGUGACUCAGCUCGAAGAAACGUGGGCUAAGAAGGAAAAGUUCAUUCAGUCCAACCGGAUGAUCCUGAAGUUCCGGGAGGAUCACAUCUCCCGCUUGGAGAAGAGCCUGAAGGAAUCGCAGGGAGGCCUGUCUAGCCAGGAGAGUGAGGCCGCGGUGUCUCAGCUGAAGCAGGAGAUUCAGAUUCUAAGAGAACAGGUGGAGCAGCACCCCAGGGUGGCGAAAUACGCGGUGGAGAACCACAGCCUGCGGGAGGAGAACCAGAGGCUGCGCUCCCUGGAGCCGGUGAAGAGAGCCCAGGAGCUGAGCGCCCAGGUGGCGGCGGAGCUGGAGAAGGCUUUCCGGGAGGCCAGCGCUGCGGAGAAGCUCCCUGGAGUUCCACCCCUCUUCUCGACUCCCGUUGCUGCCGAGAACGUCUCGUCUGUGUCAGUGGAGCGGCUGAGAGCCCAGCUGAUGCAGAAACAGGCAGAGCUGACCACGACGGUGCAAGCGUAUGAAGAAUAUAAAGAACUGACUAAGAAGAGGCUCUUGGAGAUGGAGUCGGAAAAGCAGUACCUUGAAAAGGCCAACCAGCACCUGGAGAAUAUUUUGGAGGCCACACAAGCUCACACAAGACAAGAAGUUUCCCAGCUGAACAAAAAGCAUUUUGAAACCAUCAAAAACCUGACCACACCCACCAGGGGUUAUUGCCUGAGAUCCCGUCUGGUGCCACACUUCAGUCCUGACCACUCGAUGGACCUGAGUGCCAGGAGCCUGCCUGCUGAGGAUCCAGUGGAUGACAUCCUCAAUGAGCCCGUCCCUCCCGAAAUGAACGAGCUGGCCUGUGAGGCCCUCACUGAAGAGCUGGAAACGGUGCAGGAGCAGGUCAGUGCGCUUCAGCUCAAGCUGGACGAAGAGGAGGUUAAGAACAGGAAGCUCUUGCAGCAAAUCGGUAAACUGGAGGAACACUCGAACAAAAUGGAAGAGCUGUUGUCAUCUGAGAGGAGCAACUGGAGCAAAGAACAGCAAAACCUUCAGGAUCACAUUUCAUCUCUGGAAAAGGACCUGCGGGAGGAGAAGACCAGGACAGACGGUGAUCUUUUUCUGUUUCCCUUCCCGUGUCUCUCGUCUAGGCUGGAGCACGAGAAGCUCCUGGAAGAGCGCCGCUCCCUGCAGGAUUCCCACGACACCUUGCAGGAGGUGAUGAAGUACGAGUCGGAGGAGCACAAGCAGCGCGUUGCCGAGAGCCAGCGAGAGAACGCAGCGCUGCAGGCGGAGCUGAGUAAACUGCUUGAAUCCAUGAAAACUGAGAAGGAACGGAACUCCAAUUUAACAUCCCAGCUCAAAGAAGAUAAGGAGACAACUUCUAAGGAGCUUUUAAGAGCCCUCGAUGAGAAUGUUGACUUAAAGAAACACAUUUCCAGUUUGACUGUGCAGUCUGAGCAACAGACUGCAGAGCUACACAGUCUGAAGCAGAGUCUUACUGCAGCAAACACAAGCGUGGCCGAAUUGGAAAAGAAGUGUGAAACGGAGAAAGAAUUUGUAGUCGAUAUCCUGAAUCAGACCCAGGAGCUGAGAAACACCCUCAAUGAGAAAAAUGAGAUGUUGGCUGUGCUGUCAAGUGAACUGGAGGAUAUCAAGGAAAAGUACUGCGCAGCUUUGGCGGCGAGAGAGGAGAGCCGAGCGCUCAUCGCGAGACACGAGAAGGAGGUUAUUGAUCUCAGGGAAGCCAUGGAGCGGAGGGUGUCCUCGGACAAGAUUGAGCUAAAGCAGAAAAAUGAGCUGAAGAGCCCGAAAAUCACGAGCGAGCAGAAUCACAAGGCUGUGCUUCCUGCCACUCCGCUGGCUCAGACACAGACCCCAAAGACGCCCUCCAGCUUCAGCACGGACUUGACCAAAGUGCUGGAGGCUCAGGAACAGGAGCUGGAGAACAGGCGCUCCUCCAUUGUCACUCUGGAGAUGCUGGUGAAGGAGUUCAGCGCCGAGAGAUUAGCCCAGAAUGAAGAAAUCCUGCGUCUCAAGGCCCAGCUCUGUGAAAAAGAAAAUUUGCGUCUCGAACUGACAGAUCAGUGCUACACCUUGCAGAACCAAAUGGCCCAGAACUGUGGCAGCAGUGUGGAGAAGGAUGGGAACAGUCAUGAAGCGGUCAUGAAAGAACUAAAGGAGGAAAGAAAAGCAAGGGUUGCUGCGAUGACGAAACUCUCUGAACUUGAAGUAGAUUUGCAGAGAACUUCAGCCACCCUGUCCAGUGCAGAGACUUGCAUCCAGCAGAUGACAAGCGAGCUGAGAGACCGGUCCAUCGAGCUUAAAGAACUGAGAGAGAAAGAUUUAGACCACGAAAAACUUGCAAAGGAGGUGGAUGUCCUGAGGAAACAAGUUGACUUUUUGGCUGAAGAGAAUGGAAAACUAGUGGGACAUCAGAACCUCAACCAAAAAAUUCAGUACCUGGUCAAACUCAAAAAGGAAAACACCAAACUCAUUGAGGACAAUGAAAAACUGCGGUUGGAAAACUUCAACCUAAAGGAGAGCUGCAAAAAAAUCCAAGUUUCUACAUGAAAACAUGAGUUUAUUUUGUGUCAACAGUCCAACUGUUUUGUAAGAUAUCGGAUUCCCUUUAGAAAUGCGGUUAAACAAAUACAUCAAACAUUUGCUGUACAUUUUAUCUGAUUAGAAAUGCUGUAAAGCGUGUGAAUUUACUAAUGCUACAUUUUCCCUGGUUUUGUAGCUAAAUUAUUUUUCUUUAGCAGUUAUUCAGCAAAAUUAUUACAAAUCACCAAAUUAGUGUCAGGACUUUUGAACAUCAAAAUACUUUGAAAUCAGUUGAAACAAACAUAUACUAAAAAUCUGUAAUUUGGUGCUUUGAGGUAACAAAAAAUGUAUUUUAAAAUGUAUUAAACCUGUUCAUUGCUGGAUUUAAUGAGAAAAAACGAAGACAUCGCUUCACAAUGAAUUCCGUUGAAUUGGAGGUUCGAUUUUCAGUUAAUCUGGAUGGAAUCUCUCUAUAGGCAGCUGACUUUCAUGUGAAUUUUUGUCAACGUUUACCGUUAGGGAGUGCUUGUUUUUAUUUUACAGUCUCAUGCGUUAUGAAAUAUCUGGUUAGUGGAAUUGAGUUGCGUAGCACUCAGAACUUUCCAAAAUAUAUAGAUAUAUUGUUGAUGGAGGCAGACAGAGAAAUUUUUUGGUUUUGAGACUCUCCACUCUUUCUUGUUUUAUGGGAAGAAAGCAUGUGAAUAUUGAGGGAAACUGAUGCAAACCAGGCUUACCAGACGUGGGAUUUCUGGCUCGUGUGUCGCAUGACCUCCUAACGCAUCGUUAACGUCGCUGACAUUAAUGAGCAAAACUAGCAUCUGUCCGAAUGGCUGGCGACUGUUGCAAAGAUUAGGAACCCGAAAUCUUUUGUUUGGAGGGACUUUAAAUAGACCGGCCAUUAGGAGAUCAGUGAAGUAACAGCUCCUCCGGCAUAAAACUCUGAAGACUGAGGUUCCUAAGAUGAGGUUCGAGAGACCCCGUUUUAAAGAGAUCAGAUAUGACUCCAGAGAUCUCAUAGCGCCUGUUUUCUCUUAGGUGCAAUAUGCAUUUUCGUCCCUGAAAGUCCCAUUCCAUGGUCAAACGUACUUGGGUACCAUGGAUAUCUGUGUGUAAUGCCUAGGGUACUUUGUAAAUAUGUUUCUGUUCACAUCAUUACAGUGUAAUUGUCUGUGAUUAUUUUCUGUGUGUAGUCUGGCGUGCUGCAGUCUUUUGUUGGAUUUUGAUUUUAUUUAGAUUUUUCUCUUCCUCUUCCCUUUUUUCCCGUGGUUGUAGGUGAAGCGUAAUAAAAUCUGCUACAUUACUUAUGGCUUAGCUGCUGACAGUUAUUGUAUCUUCCACGAUGUGGUACAAUUACUAUUUUUUUUGCCUGGAUAUGUUUUGUUAAUAAAAUG